UUGGAAGUGGCCGCUGGCAGUGCGGGUGGGAUCAACCAACCUCUUCAUUCACGCCGACGCGCAAACCCUCGCCCAUGCCGUCACCAAGGCAAUCGCCUUUGUCCCUUUGGGCGUCUGCAACGACACUGCUGCGAGCAUUCUCUUCCCAGGUAUCUACCCCAGCCCACUCGCCCACGCCGUCACCAAGGCCAUCGCCUUCGUCCCUCUAGGCAUAUGCAACGACACGGCCACAAACAUUCUCUUCGCAGCAGGAUCUCAUGAUGGUCACACGCUCGCCCAUGCCGUGCCUCUGGGCGUCUGCAACGACACCGCUGCCAGCAUUCUCUUCCCUCCUCUCGCUGCCAGCAUUCUCUUCCCUCCUCUCUCUGCCAGCAUUCUCUUCCCUCCUCUCUCUGCCACCAUUCUCUUCCCUCCUCUCGCUGCCACCAUUCUCUUCCCUCCUCUCGCUGCCACCAUUCUCUUCCCUCCUCUCUCUGCCACCAUUCUCUUCCCUCCUCUCGCUGCCACCAUUCUCUUCCCUCCUCUCUCUGCCACCAUUCUCUUCCCUCCUCUCUCUGCCACCAUUCUCUUCCCUCCUCUUUCUGCCACCAUUCUCUUCCCUCCUCUCUCUGCCACCAUUCUCUUCCCUCCUCUCUCUGCCACCAUUCUCUUCCCUCCUCUCUCUGCCACCAUUCUCUUCCCUCCUCUCUCUGCCACCAUUCUCUUCCCUCCUCUCUCUGCCACCAUUCUCUUCCCUCCUCUCUCUGCCACCAUUCUCUUCCCUCCUCUCUCUCCCACCAUUCUCUUCCCUCCUCUCUCUGCCACCAUUCUCUUCCCUCCUCUCUCUGCCACCAUUCUCUUCCCUCCUCUCUCUGCCACCAUUCUCUUCCCUCCUCUCUCUGCCACCAUUCUCUUCCCUCCUCUCUCUCCCACCAUUCUCUUCCCUCCUCUCUCUGCCACCAUUCUCUUCCCUCCUCUCUCUGCCACCAUUCUCUUCCCUCCUCUCUCUGCCACCAUUCUCUUCCCUCCUCUCUCUGCCACCAUUCUCUUCCCUCCUCUCUCUGCCACCAUUCUCUUCCCUCCUCUCUCUGCCACCAUUCUCUUCCCUCCUCUCUCUGCCACCAUUCUCUUCCCUCCUCUCGCUGCCACCAUUCUCUUCCCUCCUCUCUCUGCCACCAUUCUCUUCCCUCCUCUCUCUGCCACCAUUCUCUUCCCUCCUCUCGCUGCCACCAUUCUCUUCCCUCCUCUCUCUGCCACCAUUCUCUUCCCUCCUCUCUCUGCCACCAUUCUCUUCCCUCCUCUCUCUGCCACCAUUCUCUUCCCUCCUCUCUCUGCCACCAUUCUCUUCCCUCCUCUCUCUGCCACCAUUCUCUUCCCUCCUCUCUCUGCCACCAUUCUCUUCCCUCCUCUCUCUGCCACCAUUCUCUUCCCUCCUCUCUCUGCCACCAUUCUCUUCCCUCCUCUCUCUGCCACCAUUCUCUUCCCUCCUCUCUCUGCAAUCACCGAUACAGAGACAGGGUGCCUACAGCCCUACUGGCUGCUAAUGCUGCAGCUCUCCACAUUCCUCCUCGUCGCCUCCCUCACCUUUUUCGUGCAUGACCACGUGCCGUCCAUCCGCACUGCUGCAAGGCCCCUGGAGCCCUCACUCUUCACAGACGAGGCAGAGGAGCACGCACAUCCACACCACUGCCCAGCAUACACGGCUGCUGCUGGUGUUCCUGAUUCACAGACGAGGCAGGGGAACACGCACACCACUGCCCGGCAUGCAUGGCUGCUGCUGGGGGUGCCCCUUGUGAUGCUCCUGGGGCAAACAACUCGUCCGCAGCACCCUGCUCCUGCCACCAGCACCAACAUCACCAGCGCCACUGCUACGCCUUCACCAGUCACACCCAGCAUCACCAGCACCACCACACCUGCCCCCGCUACAGCCACACCCGCCGCUGCCGCUGCCACAGUCAUAGUGGUGCAACCACCAGCUACCUCCCACUCCAAGAAUCCCUCGUCCCCUCCCCUUCCCCUCUCUCCUACCAAAAAUCCCGCAUCCCCUCAUACCACUCUGCAUCCCUCACAAACCUCCCCCACCUCUCCCAACAUCAACCUACCUGGCAGCAGCAGCCCACCCACCCACCCUCCCAGCGCCCACAGCUCUCCACCCAGCCUUCCCCCCAGCAGCAGCGCCACUCCGCUUCAAAACACCUCAUUCGCCGGCCACACCCCUCCUCCUAGCUGCUUUGCUGCCGAUAGCACCCCGCUUCUCCUCCGGGGAGUCUUCACCCCACCGCACGACACUCCUCCCCACUCCUUCACCCCUUCUUGCAGCAGCACCCCGCCGGUUGAAAACACCUCAUUCGCUGGUCACACUCCCCCUCCCAGCCACUUUGGUGCUGGUCACACCCCCCCUCCCCCGCAUGGGUUGGGCACAAAUGCCUGCAGCACCCCUCCUCUCCUCAGGGGUGUGAGCAGCCCAUCUCAGGAAACUCCUCCGCAUGCUUUUGCCGGCCACACACCCCCUCCUCAUCGCUUGAGCACUGCUUGCAGCACUCCGCUUCUUCUCAAAGGCCUUCAGAGCCCCCCCUCUGCUACGGAUAGUCCUCCAUUCAGUGUUGCUGCUUGCCAUGCUUCCUCCCCGCCUGCUCCUGCUUUUGAGUCGACUCAAAAGCAGACUCCGCGUCUUCUCAAGGGAAUAAUGACCAAUGCUGCUGGUGCUGAUGGUGCUGCUGAUGGUGCUGCUGAUGGGGAUGAGGAUGAGGAGGAGAAUGGAGAUGGAGGAGAGACGAUGGGCGAGGGGAAGGCGGGUGAUUCAGGUGGUGCUUCAGGUGCUUCUUCAGGUGUUUUGGAAGAGGAAGCCAAGUAUAGAGUGAGAACCUAUCUAGGCAAGAAUCCAGAGGAGAUGCUCAUGGGGUUGAUUCAGGUAGUGGAGAGGUCAAUAUCGAGGAUAGAAGAGAAUGGGGCGCGCGUGCUUGGAGGCUCAUACCUCCCCCCAUGA